GACAAAUCCUUACAACUUUAUCUCUCGUGUUCUUCCUCCUCCCUCCUUCCCCGAGCCCCUAAAUUCUGCUCCAAUUUCUGUGAUUGACCUCUAAUUCCCUGCUGAGUUCCCCGAAUCGGGUUAGGAUUUUUGCACCCCUCCUCCACCGCACCCUCAGAUCGAUACCAAACCCCUCCUCAGUCCUCACCCUGCCCACUCCGCUGACCCCAACCCCUAAAAUCCCUCAAUCCCCAACCGAGCCCGCCUGCGGCCGGAGCCCGUCGAUUCCAUUCGGAUUAGAGCUCCCGCCGCUGAGGCGAUUAGCCUGAAUCGGCUGAUUCGAUGCGAAUUUGCGUGUUCCGGGUGCGCGAAGAGCAGAGGCCCGCGGAUCUAGGGUUGCUCCAGGCGAUCUGGUGAUGGUGGUGCGCCGCGGCGCCGGAGCUCGGCGAGGAGGAGGGAUCGGCAGCGGCAGCGUGGAAGAUGCAGCGAGCCGGCUAUGCAUGGGUGGCGCGGCGGUGAGGGGUGCGACGGCAGGAGGCGGCGUCUCGUUCGGCUCAUGUGGCCAGCCGCACGCGUAGAGGCAGAAGCUCCAUCGCCACCGGCACAAGGACCAGCUACUUCUCCUUCCCGUUCAUCUGUUCUCCCCCCUCGAACGACUUCUUAUCCGCCAGCAGCGGCGGCGGCACGGGAGCAAGGGUGCGUCAAUUCUCCCCGUCCAGGGUCACCUGGCUCCUUUAUAAAGGACGGGCGUGAGAUUCAAGUUGGUGAUUGUGCUCUUUUUCGGGCUGUUGAUGUUCCUCCAUUCAUCGGAUUGAUACGUUGGAUUGAGAAAAAAGAAGGAGGCUAUCCCAAACUACGCGUUAGUUGGCUUUAUAGACCUGCCGACAUCAAGCUUAACAAGGGCAUUCAACUCAACGCUGCACCAAACGAGAUCUUCUACUCUUUCCACCAGGACGAGGCAUCUGCUGUUUCCCUGCUGCAUCCUUGCAAAGUUGCCUUUUUACGUAAAGGCGUUGAGCUCCCAGCUGGAAUUUCUUCAUUUGUAUGUCGGCGCGUAUAUGAUAUUGACAACAAGUGUUUAUGGUGGCUUACAGAUCGGGAUUAUAUUAAUGAACGGCAGGAUGAAGUAAAUCGCCUUCUAUAUAGAACAAGGCUAGAAAUGCAUGCUGCGGUGCAGUCAGGUGGACGGUCUCCAAAGCGUCUAAAUGGUCCGUCAGCAUCCCAACAACUGAAGGCUGCUCCGGAUGGUACACAGAAUUGUGGUUUAUCUAAAGGAAAGAAGAGAGAGAGAGGUGAGCAAGGAAUUGAUCCAGAUAAGCGGGAUCAAGAUCGUCUGCUUGUCGAUGACAGUGAGCCUGGAAGCAAGUUGGACGAUAUGAAGUCUGAAAUAGAAAAAUUUGAAAAAGGUGGACUUCCAAAUGCAGAAGCAGUUGAAAAGCUUGUGCAUCUUAUGCAACUUGAUCAGACUGAACAGAGGAUAGACCUAGCUGGUCGGAUUAUGCUUGCUGAUGUUAUUGCAGCUACAGAGAGCACUGAUUAUCUUGGCAGAUUUGUGCAAUCAAGAGGCCUUCCUGUGUUGGAUAGUUGGCUUCAGGAGGCUCAUAAAGGGAAGUCUGGUGAUGGGAGUAAAGGAGAUAAGCCUAUUGAUGACCUUCUCUUGUCCCUGCUUCGUGCACUAGCUAAAUUGCCUAUUAAUCUCAGUGCACUGCAAAGUUGUAGCAUUGGAAAAUCUGUCAAUCAUCUGCGCGGCCAUAAAAAUCUGGAGAUUCAGAAGAAAGCUAAGUGUCUUGUUGAGAACUGGAAGAAGCGUGUUGAUGCUGAAAUGAAGUCAAAUGAUGCCAAAGCUUUAAUAUCUGGUCAAUCUGCUUCCUGGCCAGGAAAAGCAGGGUUCCAAGAAAUUUCAAAUGCUGGAAACAAGCGAGGUGGCUCAAGUGAGCAUAGCCCGAAAAAUCCAGCAUCAACUGUUUCAUCACCAAAGGUUUUGACUGAUAAACCUGGGGGCACAGAUGCUGUUAUGAAGUUGAAUCAUGUAGUUUCUGUCUCUUCAAAAGGACAACAUAUGCAACCAGGAAAUGUUGCUGCCAAUUCGAAGGAGCAGCCCUGCAAAUCAAUUGGCGGUUCUGAACUGCCUACUGUGAAAGAGGAGAAAAGCAGUAGCUCAAGCCAAUCACCGAACAAUAGCCAGUCAUGCUCUAGUGAGCCAUCCAAGGAUGCUAGAAGUUCAACUGCCGCUUCUGGUGGUGCUACUAAAACUUCUGGAAGUUCUUCACGGGGCCAUCGAAGAGCAAAUAAUGGUCUUGUUUCAGGAAAUCUGAAGGAAGCUUCUGUGGGAAGAUCUGCCUCCCUUGAUCGACCUUUGCUACCAGAUAAAUCAUCUCAAACUGGAACAGCUUCUGAAAAAGGAGUUGACAUACUGGCUGAUCAUGGAAAUAAUCAUAGAUUGAUUGUUCGGUUUCCAAAUCCUGGGCGUAGUCCUGCUAGAAGCACGAGUGGAGGAUCUUUCGAGGAUCCAUCUGUUACUGGGGGUACAGCUUCAUCUCCUGUGGUUGCAGAUAGACAUGAGCAAACUGAUCGCAGAGUGAAAAUGAAGACUGAAAUUUCUCGACCUCAUUUAGCUUCUGAUGCUAAUACGGAGUCUUGGCAGAGCAAUGGUAUUAAAGGAGCUGCAGGUUCUGAGGAAGGUGAUAAAUCACCAUGUGCUAUAUUGGAUGAUGACAACAGCAGGACAGCUGAGGAUUCUGGAAAGGACACACAUGCAUCACGGGUUGCAUGUUUGUCAUAUAUGAACGAAAAAGGUGUCUGUUCAAGUGAAACCAGGGUGGGAAACUCAUUCAGCCCAAUGAAUGCUCUGAUUGAAAUUAAGUAUUCUGAAGCUAGUCAUUCCUUGCAACCUGGGGAUGACACAGCUAUGAAUCUUCUUGCUAGUGUUGCAGGAGAAAUAUCUAAAUCUGAAUUGGUUUCCCCAUCUUCUUCCCCCGGAAGUUCAUCUGCAAAGAAAUUGGUCUGUGAGGGUGACAAUACUGGAAAGUGUAAAGCAGAAACUGAUGUUGGGCCUGUACAGGAUCCAGGGCCGACAAUACUGGAAAAUGAUGCUUUGGUUGCAAAGGAGGAACAACGCCAAACUGUGCCAUCUCCUGAGAUAGCGGAUUCUAAAGCGGUUGGACCUCCAGCCAAAGUUGAAAUCCAUGAAGGGUGUGCUAACAAAUGUAACUCUCAGCCUGCUUCAGUCGAUUCCAAAGGUGAAAAUCUGGAUGCUUGUACUGUCCCUGUGAAAGUUGAAGAUAGUUGUGCAGACAAGGAUGGCGCUGUUGAAUCUGCAUUGGGCAGCCAGUCUAGCUUGGUUAUUUCCAAUAGAAAUUCAAGAUCGAUCCUUGCUGGCAAAUCUUCACUGUCUGCUGCUGAUAAACAAGACCAGGGUUUGUUAAAGUCAACUAAUCACAAGCAAUUUCUGGGUGUAUCGGACCACCCAGGAGUCUUUGAUAGACGUGACAGUAUCACUGGCAAGGCUGCAGAGGUGAAAAAAACUGAUGACAUUGGAGAUAUUAGCACAGUGCAGAAAGAGAACAAAACGAAGGAACAACCUUCUUCCGAUUUGGCUGAUGUUCCCAAACUAGCUGUAGCAGCAGCAGCCCUGCUUGGUGUGGCAAAUGUCAUUACGGAGAAGAAAGAAUCAAAAGACAGUUCCAGUGAAUCCAAUAAUCAUGUAAAAUCUGAAGGUGUCAAUUCUCAGCAAAGCGAGCAUGGUGCAAAGCAGUGUUCAAAAAAAUAUGAUGAUGCUGUGAGUGUUAAAGAGGAUGGAAAAGAAGACCUUGUCUCAUCAGAUGAGGAUUCUUCUCUGGCCCCUCACACCAAGUCUGGUGCUGCCAAGCUUGACUUCGACUUGAAUGAAGGGAUACCUGGAGAUGAUGGGAAUCUGUCUGAGCCAACUAUCUCACCUAUUAUGUGCUCCUCGGCAAUCCAUGUACCUAGUAUUUCGCCAUUCACUCCUCCUGUUACAAGUGGUCUGCAGCCAGCUCCAAUAACAGUAGCUGCUCCAGUUAAAAGACCAUUUGUUCCUCCUGAAAAUCUUCUAAGAGCGAAGCCGGAGAUUGGGUGGAAAGGUUCGGCAGCUACUAGUGCAUUUCGUCCUGCUGAACCAAGAAUGAUUAUGGAGGUGCCACGUGACAUUUCAGGAUCUGGUGCUUCAGAGAGCCAGUCUCGCCCCACACUUGGCUUUGAUUUAAAUGUUGCUGAUGACCAAGCUCUCGAGGACGAUGUCCCACAGAGUUCUGCACAGACAACUUGUUCUGAAUCUGGAAAUAAUAGAAGUCGUGAUGGCUCUUCACGAAGUGCUGGCAUUGAGCUUGAUUUGAACAGAGCUGAUGAAGUUGCUGAGAAUGGCCAAUUUGCACCAAAUACUUCCCACAGAGUUGAAGUGUCUCUGUUACCGGCAAGACCUUUACCUGAAGUUUUUUCUAAUACUGGCACGAGUAGCUCCAGGGACUUUGAUCUCAAUAAUGGACCAGGCAUUGAUGAAGCUGGCACAGAACCUGCACCAAAGAACCCACCAGCUAAAAAUACAAGCAGUAUACAAUUCUUACCACAAGUUCCUGGUGUUAGGAUGAAUAACGCUACCAUGAGUAAUAUAUCACCAUGGUUUGCCUCUGCCAACCCUUGCGGUCCUGUAGCUAUACAGUCAUUUUUGCCUGCUAGAGGAGAACAACCUUACCCGAUUGAGAUGACACCUGGAACUCAGAGGAUUGUUGCACCAACAGCUGAUGGUGGCCAAUUUGGAGGCGAUCCCAGCAGGGCUCCUGUUAUUUCAACAUCACCAACGGUGGUUUUUCACCCACCUGGAUAUCCAUAUGCAGGAUUCCCUUUUCCUCCCAGUGUUCACCUUCAAACGCCAGGAUUUUCAAUUGGGUCAACAACAUUUCCCAACUCUGUUCCAUCAGGAGUGCCGUAUUUUCCUGCCAUUUCUCCAUCGCUUGUUGGGCCAACAGGUGCAUUAGCUGCACAGCACUCAAGGCAGUAUGCAAUAAAUCUUGCUGAAGGUAGCAGCAGCAGUGGACGCGACAGUACUCGUAAAUGGGACAGUCAGGUCCUAGAUCUUAAUUCUGGCCCUGGAAGUAUAGAUAUAGAAGGGAAGGAUGAACGGCUUCCUUUACCUGCCAGGCAAAAUUUGAUCACACCCCCACAUGCCUUUGCAGAGGAGCAAGCAAGAAUUUACCAAAUGUCAGGUGUAGGAACAAAAAGAAAGGAACCUGAUGGCAGUUGGGACACAGAAAGAUCUACAUACAAGCAAUUAUCAUGGCAAUGAGGACUCUGGAGGAGAUCACUUUACACUGACUUAUGUCACGUGUGUGGAUAGGUAGCUGGACGUAUAACAGGUGGUGUAUUCUUCCCUUGCUGGACUAUACUCCCAUGGAUUCAUCCCAACGAUGAUGAUGAUGCAGGAUUGUGUGAGGAAACAAACACUCUGCUGUAAUUGUUGUAAAUGUUCAUCACAUUUCAUGCUCUCAUUGAAACAAUUUUCCUCGACUUGAGCAGUUGCUUUGCUAGAUUUUUCUUUAGCUGUUAGGCUUUUGGUUCUAAUUUACUCAGGAGGGUGUGGCUUUGGAGGUGGAAUCUUUGUGACCCUGAGCCCAGCCCAGCCUCUUCAAAGAUCUGGGAGCCACUGUAAUUAGCCCGCUCUGUUUGUUCUUGAUAAAAGUCUUGAGAGCACAUUCAUCAGCUUUACAUAACAAUUUAGAUGUGACCUGGCUUUAGCUGACAUUUCAACACUAUGGAGCGACAAGUAGCAUAUCGCUGCGCCGUCAUGUAUCUUGUGUUGCGCUGCAGCUGUAUGUAUAAGAAUUCAAACAGAUCAGCAAGUUAUAAUAUGUCACCGUUUCCUUGUUAUCAGGUUUAUAAACAUCUGGUUUACAUCCA